AUGCCCGACCCGACUCUUGCCGCCUGGGACGUGGUGUUGCCCGAGCACCGCCCGAUGAUCGGCGACUCCGCGCACCCGUCGGUGCGUUACUCGGCGUGCGUCGUGUGGCACGAAGGCCGCAUCGUCGUAACGCACGGCUACUUUUACAACCACGACAUCCGCCAGCCGGCAUGGCUGUCCGACGCGUGGGUGUUUGAGGUGUCGCGCGGCGCGUGGCGGCAGGUGCACCGCGGCGAACGGCACGGUGCGCCGUCGGCGCGCUACUCCGCCUCCGCCGUCGUGUUUGACGGCGGCCUCUACAUGUACGGCGGCGACGACGGCGGGCACAAGCACUCGCUGCACAAUUAUGUCUUCAAGGCGUGGAACUCGGAGCUCUGGCGGCUCGACCUGAGUAGCUUCACGUGGUCGUCCGUCACGCCGGCCGGCAGGGCGCCGCCGAAGCGCGCGCUGCAUAGCCAGCCGCCUGCCGCAGGCGACGCGAUGUACGUCUACGGCGGGCUCGAACGCGACGACACGUGGCGCUUCUCCUUCGCCGCCCGUGCGUGGACAAAGGUGCGGCCUGGAGCUCGCAAGGUCUGGUGGGUCUCUCAUCCGAUCGUCGUCCAAUUGAUCUCGAUCACUACCAUGGCAGGCGCGGCGCCGGACGGGCGCGGCUUCUUCGUCUUCGGCGGCACGCGGCGCGGCAAGCCGGGCAGCCGCUCCCCGCCCACCCCGCUCGACGACUUGUGGCACUUUGACGCGACGACGCGGCGCUGGUGCACGUGCUACGGCGACGCGUGGGUGUACGCGGGAGGAGGCUGGCGCCGCGUGAGCACGCCGAGCUCGCCGACUCACCGCUACCGGCAAGGCGUUGUCCGCGACCCGUCGAGUGGCGCCUUCUACCUCUUUGGAGGCGAGUGGCGCGAGUCGUACAAGCCGUACCACAACGCGAUCGACCGCCUCAUCGUCCCAAGCUUGAAGCCGCAGCCCGGCGCGGAGCCCGCCUUCACCGCCUUCUCCGCCGCCGGCGAGGCAGCCGCGCCGGAGGGUUGGGCGGCGGUGGGCGGCGGCGGGCCGGCAGCGGUAUGCGGCGGACUCCUCUGCUGCCUUGCACUCUGGUGGGCGAGGGGCAGGGCGCACCGCUCAGCGCAUGCGCUGGUCGCGCAGGGGUACCGGCAGGGCAUUUCGGGCCCGCUGUGA